GCGACAGAAUCAUUUUCUUUUUUUUGGUCUGAGUCAAGGUGCCGGUCUGUAAACAGACUGCACAUAUUUGCCGCUAGUGUCUGUCAGAUGUCGAGCACGUGGUCCAGAGUGGAAACAAUUAGCACAGAGUAAGCACGCGCAGAAACUGCACGUUUCCAUAGGGAAUUGUUUUGAAACUUGGGCCAAAGCGCGUAAUAUCCUAUGGGAAAAAUACAGUUUGAGGAUGACAUAAGGAGUCAUGGCGGGGGACAAUCAAGAAGAAAGGCAAGCUCGGUCUCUGGCACUCGAAAAAGCAUACGUACACGAUGUCUACGAGCAAAUUGCACCUCAUUUUACGGACACCAGAUACAGGCCAUGGCCAAGAGUCAAGCAGUUCUUGCUUGAGUUAGAACCAGGCAGUUUGGUAGCCGACGUAGGAUGUGGUAAUGGAAAGUAUUUGGAUAUCAAUCCUGACUUGAUGAAGAUCGGAUCUGACCGCUGCGCUGCACUGACGGCAUCAGCAAGAGCGAAGAACCAUGAGGUCCUCACCUGUGACAACCUUCGAUUGCCCUUCCGGGACGAAACAUUCGAUGCUGUUCUCUCCAUCGCUGUCAUCCACCAUUUUGCCACUACCGACCGCCGUGUGGCCGCCAUCAAGGAACUCACGAGGGUCCUUCGAAUUGGAGGGAAGGUGCUCAUCACAGUCUGGGCUAUGGAACAGAGACAUCGAAAGUUUGAUUCUCAAGAUGUUUUAGUUCCCUGGCAUGAACCGGUGAAAAGCAGCAGCGAAGAUCGAGGGUCUUCAGUGGAGCGAGAACUCACCAGCACAACCACCAGCGAUGAUGACGUUUUGGUCUAUCAUGCUUAUUCUCACAUUUCGGACAGUGAAAGUCACCAGCAGCAGGUGGCUGUUAACAGGAAAAGACAAAAAUAUCGAAAUGGUAGGGGACGUUACCGGAGUGCGGGCACUGUAGAGUAUUGUGGUGGAGCGGCACCGAACAGCAGCCAAAGUAGUUCGGAACUUUCGAGUCCGAAUGAAACUUGCUACAGUUUUGUGAGGAGAGCUUUUCAGAAGUUGUCUAACAACCCAGUAUCCUCGCCUUAUGAUACCUUCAACAAAAAAUCAACUCCCAGACCUUACUUUUACAGGUCCUGUCGGAAACCUUGUGUAUCGGAGAGCAUGGAGUUUGGGCAGAAUUGCAAAGACACUAGUUCAACAAAGAAAGAUUUCUUUCAUCAAGAGAGCUUUGAAUCGGACUACCCUGAUCAACCUAAUGAGGACGACAUACCUAUCGAGAUAAGACAUUUGGAAGGUUAUGAAAUGUGCAAAAAUUGUGGUAGUCCAACUACGGAAACCGGUUUCGGGAACUGCGAAAGACAUGUAUGCACCUCUUGCCUUCCUGUAGAUCCGGAUUCAUCGGGAAAGAAGUCUCGAUCUCUUGGAGACUUUUUUAAUAUGAUUCCAAAGUUAUUGCGCGUCAAGAAGUGCGAAAAGGAACCUUUAUCUGAUCUUCAUAAAAGAAUAUCAACUGCCAGCGAUCCCAGAGAGUAUGUUGUAAAAACAAGGGGAGCUAAUGUAAAUGGAAUUGUUAGAUCUAAAUCUACAGUGUCUAUGAUGUCGCGCUUAGAAGAACUGAUGUCUAUGAGUGUCUCUAAUGGGAAAGAAGAAGAGGAAACAGUAGGAAACCCUAAUUGUUCUGCGGGUCCUAGGUCCAAAUGUAAGCCAUCUAGAUUGCCAUCUUUGGUGUCAUCUGUUUUAGUCGAAGGAAGUGAUGGUGCAAUUGUCAUUCGGGAUUCGGAUACGACAACGAAUCCAAGAAGGUAUAACAGCCCUGCAGAUGCUCUGAAAAAGUUGCGGCAAGACGUUUCGUUAGAUGAGCCCGAUGGAGAGGACACUGCUAUUAAUAAAUAUAACGAGACAAAUAAAGAUUGUUUGAUCGAAAUGAAACUGCAGAACAGUGAAGUUUUAAAAUGUAUUGCUAAAUCUGCAACAAAAGUAUCAGAUGAAUUAGACAAAGAAAUUGAAAGUGCUAAUACAUUUCCUGAGACCACGAACGGAGAUUUUCGUUUGGAUCAGAUAGAAAACGCACAGCAGUUGAAGCCUGAAAACAACACAGUAGAAGGACACUUGUCCUCCUAUUAUUCUAUGCCUGAACUUUACAAGUUGGCAGACGAUCAGAUUCCCGAAGAAUCCAUUUUCAAUUCACAGCGGCAGAAACACAUCAGUUUCUACGAACAAGCCCAAAAUAUCCUUGCUGAUUCUCCUACAGGAUCCAAUGACCUUAGUUCUAACAGGAACGACGCUGCCCUCAGUUACACAGCUCGUGAGAGAUCGACAGCUAUUACAUCUCAGAGAGGUUUUGUUAAAAGAAGUCUCAGCGUUGAUACUGGCGACAACAGUUCCUCUUCACAUCAGGUCCCAAGACGAUUUUCAGCCUCAGCAGCUCAAGGUGUCUUGGCUUCUGCCCUUCGAACUUACACGCUUCCCAGAAGUUGCAGUAGGGGAAGUUCUGUUAAAAGUGAUACUAGUGUGGAUAGUGAAGAGUCCAUUGUAUCAGUCAUCCCGAGAAAAGGAAAUAGCAUUACGAGUGAUACUAGCGUUGAUAGUGAAGAAAGUGUAAUAUCUGUGAUUCAGAGAAGUACCAGUGAAAUAGACGCUCUAAAUUCUCAAAAUGGUCUAAGGAAUAACAUUUCGAGAUUUGGCAGUCGCUCUGCUCAGGCGUCUCCAGUUACCGUUCUAAGCAGCCAAACAUCCUCUGCAGAAUCUUCUCCACCGCAGUCUGGUAAAAAUGACGGUAGAUUUCCUGGAUCUGUCGGCGUGAUAGAUCAACUAAUGCAGCAGCAAAAUUUAGUGUAUCCGCAGUCGGACAGCAUUCACCUCAAAAAUGAAGUAUCUGAACAUUUAGCCAGGACUAGAAGAUGUCUUCUUAGACCCAUAUCUGAUCCAAAACUUGAAGAAAAAAUGGCAUGUAGUUCUGAGGAAUCAUCUAGUGCCCCUAUUUCUAAAUCGCCCAAUACUCCAUCUCAAAUAGCUAAAUUUAGUUUUGGGAGUUUAGAAUCAGACGAAGCUAUAAACUGCCCAGAAAAGGAGCAUAAUGAAUCAAAGAAGAUACCUUGUGAUUUACCAGGAUCAGGAUCGAAGGCUUCGGUCCCUCUUUUAGAUAGAAAUUAUGAAGGUGAGAAGAAGGAUCAAGAUGAAGGCGAUCUUUCUAGAACACCAUCCCCCGUAGGUCCAUUCAGAUACAUCACAGAUCCAUUAAUAACGGGUAUUGAAGUAACACCUGUUUCUAACGAUUCUAUUCAAAGUGCCGAUGGAUUAGAGGAGUUAGAAGCUAAAGUUAAAAGUCUCCGUUUCAACUCGAAAGUAACUACUUUAGAAGAAAAUAAAUCUAAACCUGGAAUUUAUACCUUUCCAAGCAACGUAUUAGGAUCGGUGCUGAAGAAUGUAAAUAUUAAGAAAGAAGAUAAAACCGUAUCUCGCAACAGUACUGACUCUAACGAAAGCGCUAUAACUUGCAAUAGCAGUACCUUAGAAGAAGAAAAAUCAGAGAAAAAUGCAUGUGGAACAAUAUCACCCUGUAAUAAAACUGAAAAUGAAUUAAGUAACAAUGAUAAAACCACAUCAUAUGAAGAAUCUUUGAAAGCAAAAAGUAGAGACAGUGAGGUGCGCAGGUCUCUUUUUAAGUUAAAGGAGAGAUUAGAAAGUCUGACUUCUAGUCAAGGGUCUAUUCAAGGUUUUGAUAUUUUCAAGAAUGUAAGUCACACUAUUCAAGGUAUCGGUUCUCUUCGAAAUAUUAAAGAAAAAUUGGAGACAGAUGUUUCAAAUGAUACGCCUCGAGAAAACAAAGUAUCACCUACAUCUAAAAGCUUAAAUGAUAGCCGACAGUCUUCACUCGACGAAUCUAGUCAAGUAACAUUGUCAGAUGAAUCCGUGAUGUCAGUAGAAGGAACGUCAUCUGUUUCAGAUGAGACCAAUGACUACAAACGAACUGAUGAGGAUGAAGAAAAUCCAGAAAGCCAAAAUGUGUCAACGAAAAAAUCAUUUGAAGGAAAGGCGGUAGGGGCUUCAUCGAGAACGCCAUUAAAUAUCUUUACUGAUUCAUGUCAUCAAGUACAAAAUCACACCCAGAACACAAAAUCUGAUUCCUGCACAGAGCAAGGCUUGCCUGUGUUACAUAAGCCAUCAAAAGCGUCCUUCAGUGAUACAGAGCUUCAUGCCAAGAAAAGUGGAGUCAGAUGUGCACUCAGAAGGCGUUUGAGAAGAUCUUGCGUAACAAUCGACGAAGUAGAAUGCAGGGAUUUCAUUUCCUCCGAAGAUACUUCACCUUCUUCUUCGGUGUCAUUAGAAUGGAAUGAUUUUGAUAGGAUCGAGACGGAUUCUUCGAGCGGGGCUGCUUGUUGCAGCGGCAGCAUUACUACAGUAACUACUGGGAGUGAUAUACAAAAAGAAGAACCCUCCAUUGAAAUAUGCUGUGAUGAUGUCAAUGUGGCUGAAACGGAAACCAAAUUCAAUGUCUUCGGGGACAAAGAAAUGUGUGUAUUCUUUGAAACGCCAUCAUCUUCAAUUGGCAAAUCAGCGUCAUCGUCUUCUAACGCAACAGACUUUUCGACAACAUCUGAUCGAAUCCGCGGUGUUAUGCAGAGAGAAAAAUCUGAUGAUCGCUCUUCGAAAGAAAGCGAUAGUGACAACUUAAGCAAGCUAUCAGAUGUGGAGGCCAAGUCUGAUUCUGCCUUCUCCGAAGACUUCGCUAGGAAAACAGAUAUCGCAUCCUCUUCCUCAUCAGCGUCUCUAGAUAUUUUGGAUUCAGUCAGAGCUAAGCUAGGAAGUGAUAGCGAAUGCGAAGGUUCCUCUAGCAAACAGAUCUCUAACUGGGGGCUGGAUAACAUUGACGAAAUACCAGACGAUGACCAGAGCCAUGGAGAAGAAGGGGAAGACAAGUCGCCUUCAGCAUCUUCAUCUUGGAAACCAGAGAGAUCGAUGGACUUUGCUCAAAGGCGAGAGAACUUCUUUAGUUGUGCUGCAGACUGUCGAGAUAUGUACAGAAUAAGCUUUGAUGACAGAGCGAAAGGUAAUAAGGAAAACCGAAAACCAGAUCUCUCUGAGCCAGAAGAGAAAGAGCCAUCUGCAAUAGGCAUGAUCAUUCCUGACUUGGCACCCGAUUCUUUAGAAUUGUUCCCUCCUUCACGAAAGAAUGCUGAUGAUAAUGAAGCUCCUACUGACAUUUUGGCUGCUUUCGUUGAAACGAUCUCCGAUAUUACAUCAGCUUUUGGAGAGCUAUAUCCGAGACAAGAAACAAAAUUUGACGAUGUCAGUUCUGAUGAUUCCGUUGAGAUUUCUUCUUUCGAAAGAAUUCUUACAUCUAGCAAUCCACCGCACGCAAAUAAUCGGAAGAAUAAAUCAACAGAACAACAUCUGGAUAACUCGAAGGAUGAUGGAGUGCCAGAGAAAAGGGAUGGAAUUAAAAAACCUAGCAUCAAUGGAAGUGCCUAUAAUAUGCCAAAUACUGAUGUAAAGAAUUCGAAGCUUGAGCUCAAAAAUAAUUGCAUCGGCCAGACUUUUGUGAAACUUCCCCCGGAAUCCGAGACUAAGCCAAAGAAAGAUUCUGGGAAAGAAAUAAAUAGCCUUUCCAGCAUUUCGAAUAAAACUCAAAAUUCAGAUCGUUGCUCAAAGAAGAACUCUUUUGAAACUCCUGAAAAGAAGGUUUCCAAAGUCAGCGAUGAUUCAGUAACCCCCGAUGCAAAUUCUACGGGCACAGGAAAGGACACAAAGAAGGUGCCUGAAAAGUUGAAAAUCUUGAACCGUUCUUCGCAAAGUGUGUGCUUGGAAAGAAUUCGUCAAGAUUCUUUUGAAAAAGACGAUGAGUCUUCACAUUCGACUCAGUCUGCACCUUGCUCACCUCGAAUAAAGCCCAGACAGCGGUCUGUCGAGGAGGUAAUGUCCAACAGCCGGACUGAAUUGAGCCGGAAUUCUUCCCUGUCCCAAUCAACCUCUCAGGAAAGUCUUCCAGGAAAUGAGACUGGUGGUUUGAUGGCAUACCACAGGUAUUACCAUGUCUUCCGCCAGGGGGAGCUCGAUAAUCUUAUCGAAAGCCAUGUUGAAAAUUUACACAUCCUAUCCUCUUACUACGACCACGCCAAUUGGUGCGUAGUAGCGGAAAAAGUUCAGGUUUGGACUAUAUGAAAUAUCAAAUUCUCUUGUUCUAUGUACAAGAUGGAGCUUAUAGGAAGUGAAAAUAUUUAUAAAUGUUAGGAAUAAAAGAGGAAUGAAAUAUAUAAACAGAUUAAAUUAUUAUGGUGGAUUGGUUGUAAUGUACUCUUAACUUGUCUACACUUUUAUGACUUUCUCUCGUCCAUCAUUUUUAUCCUUUCUCCGCCUCUACAUUUAUUAUCGUUUUCCAGUGCCUAAUGUGUUAAAAGUGCCCAAAAAAUAUGUUAAUCAUUAUUUACUUGAAAAAUCAUCCAUAGUUGUCCAGCUGAUAGUACUUGUAAUCUCGGCAUAUGAGUGGAAAAAGAUGAAGACGAUUCUUUCAUCUCGAAAAUGUGUAUCUUGUUUGUUAGUAUUUUGAAACCGAAGCUUUGAUUUUUGAACUCAAUCAAUUGCAAUGACGUAUAAAAUAAUCAUAAAUUACUUAUAUAAAACGCUAAUUUUUUCCCUGUUCAUAAUUAGAGUUCUUCAAAAUCAUUAAAAUUCAUAGUAAUCUUUAAAAUAAGUACACAUUUUUUAAAAAAAUUUAUGUUAAUUGAAAAGCUUUAAUGUAGUAGAUCAUAUUUCAUGAAUUUAAAAAAGGAUCGUGUUCGUGAUCAAUAGGAACGUUAUUUAGGAAAACUGCAUAAAAUAUACAUUAGAAGGAUUAUUGUAUUGGCCAGAUUAUAAUACUACCUCACAUGUAAAAGAUGACUGAGCAUUUUUGAAGGAGUUUUUUUUUUUAAAAAUAGAAAGGAAUUUUCAUAUAAGAAUGCUUCUUUUGUUUUGCUAUUUAAGACGUCUUAUGAACUUAAAAAAUUUGAAGGUGCUCUACAAGGAAGAUGGUUAAAUAUUUUAAGUACCAUUUUGAAACAAAAUUAAAUAACUAUGUUUUUAAAAUAAAAAUCAGGGAUUAAAUUAUCUUCAUAUGUUUUUAAAUAUUAAGCUGCACACAGAAGACGUAUAUGGCUAUCGGAAGAGCAUUAUAAGGGAAGAACAUAUCAGCUCUUUAAGGAAGAAACACAAAUGAAGUUUGGUUCAUUUUACUUACAAAUUCCAAUUUUAAUAGUAAUAAUACAAAUCUCACACAUAAAAGCAACUUCCGUAAAACCUGAAGUACAUCAAUAUUCAAAUUAAGUAAAAUAUAUUCUCAUGCAACAAAAGGGAAAAUAAUUUAUUGUUAGGAAGAAAAAUAAUUUAAUGUGAUACAAAACUGCAAACAAUUUUCGUAUGAAUAAUUAAAGCAUGUAAAAAGGGUCAGGUCAUGUAUCUAAGCUUUAAACGAAUACUUUUAUACCAACCACAUGACUAAAAUCAGCUCAAUCUGAAAAUUAAGCUAAUCAAUUUAACGAGCAGAAAAAUCUAUCAUAUCAUAAACAGUUGUAUAGAAACGUAAACAAUCGAACUAUCGCGGAGUUCCUAUUUAUGGUUCCUUUUACUGAAAUAAGUAGAGUAAUCAAGAGAGAAUUGAGCUAGUUCCAUACUUUAUUUAAAAAUAUCACAAAUAAAAAGCAAACAAGUGAAAACAUAUUUUUUUGGAAAAGAUAGGGAGUAUAAAUUGAGGUAUUGUAGAAUAAGGCUCAAAUGAUGAAAACAUAAGCUAUUUGGUAUUAAGCAAUGAGGAGCAGCUCUGAAAUCAUCAGAUCGAAGACAAAAUGAUGAGAUAAUUUAUAAACGAACAAAAUUGGCAAAAUCUUCCUCAAAUAAAAUAGGCAUGAAUUCUGUACUUAGAGACAUUUUACAUGGUGAAUUUUAGUUUACUAAUUGAGUAUUAUAUUACGGAUUUUUAGAAGGUAUAUGUAGUUGACAUUUUUUCGUUUAACAUUUUCCUAAGACUCAAAUCUCUCAUUUUACGAUAUGAAUCAUUAAUAAAUCUGCUGUAAUUAAGCUUUAUUUCGUUCUGCAUCGUGCAAUAGGAAGUAAGAAAAUAGAAUCAUAAUAAUAAGAUUUUAAAGAGAAGAAAUAUUAUUCGACAUAUUUUACAUAGUCUACAGAAUUACAUCAGCCUUAACUGACACUCUAAACUUGUUCAUUUCUUUGAAAUUUCUUAUAUGCUAGAUACGGUAUUUCAGUGAUAUUUUUAAUUUAAUGUUGCCAAAACUGGUGGCAGAUGGAAAAAUGAUUUAAUUUAUGUAAAGUUUUAGCGAGCAUUAGAGAUAUUUCCGAUUUCGAUUAUUUUUUCCCCAGAUGAAGAACUAGAUUGUCUAAUUCUGAUAAAGCACAAGGUUGUCUUUCCAAGGCUGUCCUUCUAAGAUGAAGGUAUGCUUUCGAAAAGGUGUUCUUAUUUCCAGAUGAAGGAAAAUUAAAAGUUGAAUCUCUGUUUUUUUCCAAAGAUCCACUUUCCCUGAUACUUUUUGCUCAGCUGUAGUCAAUCCCUGGCAAUUCUUUUAACCGCGCUUUAAAAUACUUCAACAAAUUCCAUACAUCAAUACAUAUUUUACAAUAAUUCCCAAAAUUGUUUAUUUCAUAUACUACAUAAAUAAAAGAUAUGCAUCAUUAUAAAAAUAAUACUUAAAAGUUUAUCGUACAAUAUAAUACAAAAUUAGGAAAAUACAUCUUCAUAAAACCAUACAAACGGAAAGAUGUGCAUUGUAAAAAUAUUCAGUGAAUAAAAAUAACGCAAAGCCAAAAAUACCGUAUGAAAAUAAUACCCCCGCCCCCGCACAAAAAAAAAGCACUCUUAAAAAAAAAUAAUACCCAAUCAUGAUGUUUUACAGGAUUUCAGUGCAACCAGUAAAGGGUUGAGUAAUAUUCUAUAAUAAUAAAAAAGAAAGGUUCGAAACCUUUAUGCUUGAUACAGAAAAUGACUUUCUUGCAGUCCACUUCAGCUAUGAAGAAUUUAAUUGGUAGAUGCAUUCCUAGGCCACAUGUCGGAUAAUAUUUGGCUGAUUACUGUUUUACUGUUUAAAAGUGGGAUGGAGACUCGUUUAGUUACUUCGAGAUCUAACAGAAAUGAAGCGAACAUAACCACGUGUAUAACUUAAAGACAACUAAUCAACGUCAGGCAGAGAGUGGAUCUAACAGGAUUACAGAAUGCAUUUACCGCGUCAAGAAGACUAAUUUAGAAUUUAUAAUGCAUGUAAAAUAUUCUGAACAUUUCUCUCAUAAUUAGGAGCAAGGUAUGCUUAAUGUGCUAUCAUGUAAUCAUCCACAUAUCCAGUAUAUUAUUCGAAAGAUAGUCUGUCCGAGCAGGUCAUGGUUACCUCAGGUUCAUUAUAUCUUAUGCCAUCACCGCUGUAAAACCAAAGUUUUGAUGACUCCUCGGAUUCACUUGGUGCAGUAUUAUAUAGACAACUUAAGUCUCCUGCCAUUAAAUCUUGGCAGAAAAAAAAAAAAGGAUGGCAUGAUGCAAGGAUGGUAGUCCAUCUCUUUGAAAUGGCUUACUAAUUAAUUGUUCCUAGUACACUUGAACAGUCUGUUAAUAACACAAUUACAUACUUGAAUAAAUAUGUAUGUUCGUAAUCCCUGGUUCACUUUCAUGGUCUAGCCAGGUUAUCAUAUAAUUGAAAAAAGCACGUCCUCAGACUAAGCUUUAUUACAGUCUUUGAGAGUUUUAGCUAAUUGAAAAGAAAUCUUAACAACUCCUGGUUCUUUUCCUCCCCAUCCUCCAUAAAUGCUUCUCUAGCAUUAAUUUCUCUUCAUCAACUCGUAGUUACUUCAUAAACUUGAAGCCGCCAACAGAACAUACUUAAAUUCUUUAUCUUAAUUCUACACAUUUCACUAUUUUGAUUUCAUCUACCAAACCUUUUUCCAUUCAUCCACCUCCUUUCUCCGUUUAGUCUGACCUUUCAGUCAGACUUGUUUCAGGGCUUGGCUCUUUUCUUUUUUAAAGCCAAGACUUAAUACUAGAACCGCUGUUUUCUCUUCAGCACAAAAACGCUUCCCGACAGAAUGUCUACAGCUACAGAAACGAGCUCUAGGCUAUUUUUCAUAGGGGUGUCUUGAAGAAAUGCAUUUAAAUUUGUCAUCUUGGAGCACUUAAGGAUACAUAGCAAUAGAUAUUUUCUUAUUUUAUUUUGUUUUUAUUUUCCGUGAAAUAUUCUUCAUAACAUUACUUUAUCUUUCCCACUGCCAACAUUCACCAAAAACAAAAUAACCACAAAACUUCCGCUUAACUCACGUCUGCUUGAAAUAUAUAAGAUCUGUUAGCUAAGCGACUUUCUCCAUUUGGAUAUACUGGCGAGACUGGCAGACAGACAAUAAAUGGUCCAUAAUUCUGUCCUAUACAUAUCGGAGCAGUCAUCAAGACUUGCACUAAAAUAUCAGGAACUAUGUUACUCUAUUUCUUUUUGUCACGACUUAGUAAUGCACUAGAAUUUCGAGGACCGUUAUUACUCCAUUGCAUUUAUAUGUAAAUAUGUAAAAUAGUUAAAUAUUUUCUUUAACCAGCAUUUCAAUACUAAUUUUGUAAAGCAUUUUAUAAAUACAUAUACAAAACAAGCAUUAAAAAGAACGGUAAAUCCUUGGCUAGGUGUUAUUUAAAUUAUUUUUUAAAAUCAAAUUCCAAAUUUAGAAAAUAAAUUAACUUUGGAAUAUAAAAUGUACUUUUGUUUGAGUGAAUUCUUCUUGAACACUAUCUUCUUUUUCUCUUACAUAACCGAAUUUUCAACUCAUGUGAUCAGUCAUACCUAUUACAAAUCUUGAAAUAAAAAAAAAAAUAGUAAAAAAAAGUGUUAUUUAACUAGUAUAACAUUUACUAAGUCCAUCUGCCACUAGAUCUCUCUGUCGUCUCAAGAAUGAUUGUAGUAAAUUAUUUAAUGUGCUCAUUUCAUUAAUCCCGAAUGUAACAAGUGCUUUAACCAUAUGUACUGAUUUAUAUUCUGUGUGUGUGUGUAUAAAUAUAUAUUGGCUGUUAAAGGCAUAAAAUGGUGGACUGUGCUAAAAUUUAACUCCUUCCUAUUUAUAAAACCUUCUUAAUCAAACAAUAAACGUUGAUUGAUGUAAGUGUUCAUGUGAAUUAAGAUCCCUUCAUUUUUCAGGAUUUCCCCUUGUUUGGAAAAUGUAUAUAGUUCAAUAUUUAUAUAAAGUGUUUUAUUCUAUAUGUAUAUUUUAAUAUUUUAACACUUUUUCAGGGUGGAAUAUUGUUUAACUUUUUAUUAGUUAGCUAGGAUUCUCAAUUUCUUACUAUUCAUUGAAUAAUUUUGUAUGAUAUAUUUCAAAUUAUACUAAUAAUCUUCUUAUUUCUACAUUGGUAAAGAGAAAGUGGUGGGCAUAAUGAAAUUAUGUAAAACAUGAAAUGAUUUUUUAAAUGAGGUGAGAAAAUAUUCAAAUACUAUAUAUGUAUAUAUGAAGGUUUUUAUUUAAAUACUUUGUUCUGCUUUUCAAUGGCUGAUUUUUAGAAAUUUUAAAAGCACUACUUUGCUUACAGCCAACAUUAUUUCGAGUUCUAUAGAACUCGAGAAAAAAAGUGAUUUGACGGAUAUGCUUGUUUUACAAUUUUUCCUAUUGAGAGAAUGUUUUAAUAUCUGGUGUAUUGUAUUCGCCUAAAUCCCAAGAAGAAAUAUGUAUCGUAAGUUAUUUUUACCACGAUAUAUAAAUAUAUAAGAAUUUGUUGUGUUUCUCGUUUAAAUGUGUAAUAAAAUUAUUUUGAAAACCUUA